AUUCGCCUUCCAGGGGGCAGGGCUUGACCGUGCGGUGCGGACGAAAAUGCUUGAGACAAACGGCAAAGCCCGGUGAGGUCCCGACCACAAGGUGGCGAAUCUCGUCUCCAGAAACUGGUCCAUAUCCAGCCUUGCACCCCAUCUCAGAUCCACGGCGGUCCAUCGUCUAAUGUGAUGUUGAGUGGCCAUAGAGCGUCUGUAUUAGCAGCCAACGCAGCUGAGGCCUAAGUAUGUGUCCAGAGGAACCCAAGCAAGGACUCUGGUGAGGUCGCCGACCGCCGUUUGGGAGAUGAGAAGGACGUUGACCCGGUCCGAACAGACGUUGGAUGAGGAGCGAUAAAUGCCAAAGGGUGGACAGUAGCAGCGAUAUAAAACGAUUGAUAAAACUGCUGUUGUGUGUAUUGAAGAGGGCUGUCAGAAAUAUCGUCUAGGAUGCGGGCGUGUGCGAACCUUCAAAUAACCGCGUCCUCUCUUGCCUCAAUCGACAACGCUAGUCCAGUGGGCUUGAACAAAGUGCUCAAAGUACAGGAAUAAGGGGUGCAAGACAAACGGAGGACUUACAGACAAAUCCCGUCCAUAUCCUCGAUAAGCUGCCUGUGGUGAAAAGCGAUUACUGUGUUUCGGAGCAUAUGAAGCUGCGUCUGGUGUUUGCGAGCUCUGUAGGGAGAAAGAGUGAAAGAUGCGUAGUAGAAGAGGGAAAGAUUGCUGAAAGAAAGGUGGAAGUGCACGUAUAUCUCCCAACUAAAUGUUACACUAUCCAACUCCUCAUAUUCUCCGUCAUGGCCAGUAUCUCGAGAGGCAGAGCGAUAGAAGCCGCAUUGAUGGCUAGCAGCGGAUGCGAGGGCUUUAACAAAAUUGGGAAUCAUUCUCUAGACCCACGCCCACUUGUGGUGCAUUUCGAGGCAGAGUAGAAACAUU